AUGACUACCAAGGUUCUCGUGCUUGGAGCAACGGGGUACAUAGGGGGUUCUGUCCUCGUGUCCCUUGUCAAGUCACAUCCCAAUGUGAAGUUCAGCACUGUCGUUCGAAUGUCCACAGCUGGUGCCCCAGACACAUUUGCUGCAUUUGCAAAGCAGUCAAAUAUCGACUUGGGGUCGAAUGCUACUACUCGCUCGUCUUCUGUUGCAGACAAGUUUCGUGCAAUCGGUGUCGAAACCGUUAUUGGAUCUCUUGACGACCUGGAGCUGGUUACAAGGCUCAGCGCUGAGUCCGAUAUCGUCAUCAAUGCUGCCGAUUGCGACAACGUCGACUUACUGAAUGCACUUCUGGAGGGCCAAAAGCGCCGGAAGGCACAGAGAAAACCCGCCGGAUCAAUUGUUCACACGAGCGGAGCUUUUAUUUUUGUGGAUAAUUCUGAAGAUGGAAAGUUCAAUGCGAAUGGAAAGCUUUGGACUGACUCUGAGGAAGAUAUUCGUGCUCUCACGACGUCGAUGCCACAUUGUCAGGUCGACGUACCAUUAAUGAAAGCUUCCGAAGCUGGAGUCGUCAACUCUUUCAUCAUCUGCCCGUCCGGUGUAUAUGGUACCUGCACAGGCCCAAUUGAGCGCGAUUCACUCAUAUUUCGAGCAGUCAUCCCCGACUAUUUGAGUCAGAAACGUGCCUAUUACGUUGGAGAAGGAACUAAUCGAUACGAAUGGGUACAUCUUGGAGACUUAGUUUCUUUGUUCGACAAAGUUUUCAAGCUUGCUCUCGAUGCUCUGUCGAGUCCGCCUGCGACUAGUCCUUACGAGCGGUAUUACAUAGCAAGUACUACACCCGUUCCAUGGAAAGACGUCUCGGAACGUCUUGCUCGCGAAUUGCACAAGAGGGGUUUUAUCGAGUCACCUAAACCUACUGUGAUUUCGCCUGAGGGUCUAUCAUUCCUUCCCCGCUUGUUAGCUUCGAGCUUGAACACUCGAGGUUUCCGAGGAGAAGAAAUAGGAUGGAAACCGAAACACAUUACAUUUUCGGAGGAAGCGUUUAAUGAACAGGUUGGAGUUACUUUGAAAUCCUUCAAGUAAUCGAAAAAUGUAGUACUUUGCAAUCAAGUAAGAGCAUUUGUGUAAGGAAGUAAUACAAUUUUCGGUUC